AUGGAACAAUUGACAGACGAUCAGCGACAGGAGUUCAACACUUGUUUCCAGAUGUUCGAUAAGGACAAUGAUGGUAGACUAAACUCAAAGGAGGCACUCAUGGCACUCAAGUCAGUCGGUGUCAAUCUCAAUGAGAAUGAUGUCGCCUCGGGCGUUGAUAUCAAUGGAUUCUUGGCCAUCGUCGUCAAGAAGCUGCAGAUCACUGACCCAGAGGACGAGCUGAGACGCGCAUUCAACUGUUUCGAUCAGGAGGGCAAUGGAUUUGUCUCAUGCGACUACCUGAAGCAGAUCCUCAUGUCAAUGGGCGACGCCAUGAACGGACAAGAGGCUGGCGAUCUAGUUCGCGAGUGUGACACAGACAAUGACGGCUUCAUCAACUCUGCCGAUGCCACCAAGCUCAUCCUCUCCAAGCUUCAG